UCAUUAGUUAUAUGAUGCAUCAUCUUUUAAAUAGUGCCAUGGUUCAAACUUCAAAGUCAACCUACCAACCCACAAACCCUUUGCAACCAUUGAGCAACCUCAAAUCACAUUAUCUCUUUAUGUUCCUAAAGUUUUGAUGAGUUCAUAUCAUAUCCACUUACUUUGAUCAUACCAAACAAGAAAAAGAAAUAUAUAGACAAGGUUAUUGGUUUUUUUUUUCAUUGCAUGGACCGACGAAAGUUUGGUCCUCAUGAACACCAAAGGUAUAAUUAAUCUCAACCGUUCAAUCAUCGGUGGUCAUGAUCAUGGUUCCAUCCUCCAAGUACUCCUCCUUUUUCUACUCCUCUUCUCCAACCACGGGGGCUUUCAAAUCGCCGCGGGUCAAGCCAAUCCCGGUGGUUCAGACGUUACCGGGGAUAGCUCUCGGUUUGACCCAACCAUGGCAAUACUCAUGAUCAUCCUCGUCAGCAUCUUCUUCUUUCUCGGGUUUUUCUCCGUCUACAUCCGAAGAUGUCUCGAGCGAGUCAUGGGGAUGGACUACGGAAACACAGAGGACGCCGCUAACUGGCUUACCCUGAACCGUCAACCGGCGCGUGGACUGGACGCGUCGGUCAUCGAGACGUUUCCUACCUUUCAGUACUCAACCGUGAAAACGCUUAGGAUCGGUAAAGAAGCGCUCGAGUGUCCUGUUUGCUUAAACGAGUUUGAAGACGAUGAAACGCUGCGUUUGAUACCUAAAUGCUGCCACGUGUUUCAUCCUGGUUGCAUUGACGCUUGGCUCCGCUCUCACGCUACGUGUCCUCUCUGCCGCGCUGAUCUUAUUCCCGUACCGGGCGAAUCUAUAAUUCAGAUACCUGAAUCUAUAAUUCAAAUACCUGGUUUAACCAACGACCCUCCCGGUUCUGAUCCGACCGGUGAUCGGGUUAGAGUUUUGGGUUCACCAGACGCGCGGUUGCUUGAUUCAGUGGCGUUGACCUGUAACCAGAGCAUGCCACGUAGGUCAAUGUCUACCGGAUGGAGUUUAGCCGGAAUAUUUACCAAUCCUGAUUGGACCGGUCAUCAUUCAGAAAAUCUCGACCGGUUCACACUUAAAUUACCACAAGAUAUUCACAAUAAGAUCGUGAAUCCUAGCCUUUCAAAAGGCCACAUGUUACCUCAGGUAAUGAGUUCAGCGAGAGGAUACAGAACCGGAAGCUUAGGAAGCGAGAGAAAUUAUUUCUACUAUGAACGGUUCGACCACCAAGAUGGCCGGUUAGACCGUAGACCAUUCUCAAUAACACCUCCGUACCGGACAGGCUCGAUCAAUAAUAACACGUCUCCUCCAGACGGCAGUAUUGAUCAGGUGCGUGCUGCUUCACCCAAAAGUUUGCUUCUAGCGAUGAAAUCACCGUUCGAUCGGUUGUUUCUUGGAAAGAACAACAACAACAACAAUAACGUCGGUGAACGUUCGUCGGAUCAUCUCCGCUCCGGCGAUGCUACUCCGUCACAUACUGUGUAAAUUGGUUAUUAAGAACGUCUCUUGUACAUAAUUUUUGUUUUUUCUGCAUUCUUCGUUUUCGUUUUUUUAAACGUUACGUUACGGAACAAUCGAACAUACGAGGUCCAGCUCCGUGUUUUUUUUUUCCCAAUUUCAUUAGGGUUUAAUAUGAUAAUUUAUGAAAUGUUGGGGUUAAAUUGUAAUAAACUAUUUAUACGGGAAAUGACUUGAAAUUAUGUAAAAGUUUUAAUCAAAAUAAUUAGCGUUUGCAAAA